UAUUAAUAUUAUUGUCACUUCAACCAAGUCACCAUUUUGUAUAUUUUAACUGGUUUAUUAUUUCAAUUAAACUAGAAAUUUACUAGUCAAUAGUUACUAGAAACAAAAAAAAAAAACGUUACUAGUUAACCGGGAAUCGAUAUUGAUAGCUUUUAAAUAGCGACUGGUAGGCCUAAGUUUUAAUGAAUAAAUGUUAAAUCGGAUUGCCAUAUUUACUCCUGUAAUUGUAAUGUUAUGGUACUUAUAGGCUACUACAUGUUAGAGUGAAAUGUUGCUCCUAUUACUUGACAGCUAUUGUUAUUACUUUACAGAUUUAAAUAAAAUUCAGAUACAUACAGAAUUGCAAAAAAAAAGAAAAAGAUGUUAUAGAUGAAAAUGCCCCUAAAACCAGCCAUUUACUGCAUCAGUAAUCACAGUAGCCAAUGAUUUAAUGUGAGUUAUUAAUAACAUAAACCUCUGAAAGGGACACUAAUGAUAACUUUUAAUUCUCUCCUAAGUAACAUUCAUUCAAACAUUUUGAACUUGUGGAGUAUUUUAAAUGGUUGUAGCUUGCUAUGGAGUUGAAUGUUUUCGAGCACAGGUUUGUCCUGAUCAAAUAGGCCACACACAAACCCGAGCAGGUCAUAAACUCUCCUCUCUAGCUGGAGGGUACUGUGGAACCCUGGCAGUUGGCACCAGAAUCAAUGUCAGACGAAACGUUUGAACGCCAACAGCUCCAACGGUUCGGGAACUUCCAACGGUUCUGAAAACAGGAGGGGCCAACUUUGGAGAAGCAGACAAAAACCAUGGAUGCUGAGGAAAGUUCACUCCCUGUCAGCAUAAACCCUAAUAACUUCCCUGCCAAGCUGUGGCGCUUGGUGAACAACCCGGCCAACAAAGCCAUCUGCUGGGACAACUUCGGCGAGGUCGUCAUCAUUGAUCAACAUCUCUUCGAGAGACAGAUCCUGUCCCACAACACCGCCACGUUGGACAACGCGGACGCCUUCAAAACGACCAACUUCUCAAGUUUUGUCCGUCAGCUCAACCUGUACGGCUUCAGGAAAGCAGAGCCGGCUAUUAAAGACAACCAGCACGCCAGUGGGGCGCAUCACCAUUUUCACAACCCAAACUUCAAGCGGGACCGCCCCGAACUUGUUGCUAGUCUGAGGAGACUUACUGUGGACAAUAAGGCGAAGCUGCAAGCUGGCCUAAACAUCAACUGUCGGCGCCCGAGCCGAUGCCAGCGAUUCAGUGGGGGUGAUGAUGGCAGAGAGAAAAAUGUUAAAAGAGGCCGCUCUUCACUUAGCCCCACACAUCAGGAGUCAACUCAUCCUUACUAUCCAAAUAAAGACCAGGCCACAACGGCGCACAAUGGAACCCCUGUCCCACCACAAUACCUGAUAAGGGGCCAUGGUGCCGCUUAUUCUCCUACUGUCUUUGGUGCAGACAAAGGGAUACCAGUAUCUUUAAGCCACCACUACACUGGAGUAGCCUCAAGCUCCAAUGCGGUGCAGAAUUACCAGGGUUUACUGGCCCGUGCGAACCAUGCAAGUCCAAAUUUCACCAGUUUUGAUCCUCCUAAUGCACAAUAUCAGCCUGGCUACUUUUCCCCAGCUUGCCAGUGCUACCAUUCGAACCUUGUGGCAGCACAUAUGACAGGUAGUGGCCUUCAGACUUACUCUCCCCACAGUUAUUACCAGCCAAGCUACCCCGUGAAUAUGUUGUGCCAUGGGGACAACAAUCAGGACUUACAGAAUAAGGAAAUCCAGGAGGUGAAAAAAUGUGACAUUAACUUGGAGAGAAUUUUCCAGAUAGCAGAUGAGGUGAUGCAAACUCCGUCCAAUAGCUUCCUGGUUAGGGUUACAACCCCAGAGAAGCCUGGCCCCGUGUCAGUGCCGUCCUCCAACACCUGUAACGCCAUGUUGUAUGACAACCCUGCCAGCACCGUGAAAGCAAACCCUUUGUGUGGACCCAUUAUAAUGGCUGUGUCAGACAAUGCUAAUCUAGUCACAUGCGAACAGAAGGAGGAAUAUGUGGUGUCAGUAUCUGAGCAAAUGCCUGAAGAUGCCAUAUUUGAGGUUACCAGUGAUGAUGCAAAGGACACUGAGGUCAUAGGUGUGGAGGUUAGCGACACUCUCAGGGAUACCAGUCAGGCUUACAACAGCAGCUGCACAGGAAGUACACCUAAUGUUUAGAUGUCAUCUUGUUGAUUUUAUUGGCAUGUGACAGGGAGUUCUCACUAUAGCACCAGACUUCAUGCUCCACUUUAACGAUUCUUUGUUGUGAAAAACUUUGUUGCUUUGUUCUAAUUUAAUUUUCAAAUGGCAAAAGUAGUUAAAUGUUGUACAUUCUUGUGCAUUCUCAUAGUGGUUGCUUUCCUUAUUGUUAGUGACUAAAAACUAAUAUAUAUUAAUUUAAGUAACAGAUAUAUUACUUGUACCACAGUACAUUUUUAAAAAUUGUAAUGCAAGUUUUUACCAAUUUGUGAUGUUUUUAAGAACUGUAAUUUAAAGUAUGCUUUAUACAGAUUUGCAAGUGUAAGUCUGUACUCAGCCUCUCCCCAUUUUAAUGUGCACAUUUUUUGACAAGUUGUAAAAAACUACUCAAUUGGGGGAGAAAAUGUUAUAUUAUUGUAUAAAAAUAUGAUUAUUUAAUCUAAUAGUGAUUGAUUGCUUUGUGAUGGUGACCAAGUGGUGAUUGCAUUUCCCCACCUUUUUAUUUUUCACUGCAUCCCUUCAAAUGUGCAGUGUUUUUUUUAAAACGUGUAACUGACAUGUUUUUAAAUGCGCAUGUGUAGAAGCAUUAUCAUUAAAAUUAAAUAUAUUUUCGACAAUG